AUGCCUCGGGGCCAGAAGAGUAAGCUUCGUGCCCGUGAAAAACGCCGCCAGGCUCGAGAAGGGCCAGAGCGUCUGGUGCCUGCUCAGACCACUGCCCCAGAGGAAGAAGAGUCUCCCUCUUCCCCAUCUCCUCAUUUCAAAGAUGCUCCCCAGAGCUCCCCUGCCACGGGAACACCCGGGAGUCCUAAAGUUCCUGGAGAAGUCUGCUCCACCAGCACUACUGCUGCAGCUGCUUCAAACACAAAAUUUAAUGAAGAUGCCAGCAAUCAAGUGGAGGAAAAGCAAAAUACCUCAAAGGCCAGGGAUACCACUGAGCAAUGUCGCAGAAGCCCUAUAGAAGAGAAAGUUGCUCUGUUGGUAUACUACCUGCUGUACAAGUAUCAAGUGAAAGAGCCAAUUACUAAGGCAGAUAUGCUGAGAAAUGUAAUCCAGAUUUAUAAGAAUCACUUCCAUGAGAUCCUAAGGAAAGCCUCUGAGCACUUGGAGCUGGUCUUUGGCCUUGAUUUAAAGGAAAUGGAUCCCAACAGGAACACCUACGUCCUUAUCAACAAGCUGGAACAGAGCUGCGAUGCAAGAGUGAAUGAUAAUGGAGGUGUGCCCAAGACAGGCCUGUUGAUGACUGUCCUGGGUGUGAUCUUCACAAAGGGCAACCGUGCCACUGAGGAGGAAGUCUGGGAAGUGCUGAAUAUGAUGGGGCUAUAUGAUGGAAUAAAGAAUUUCAUCUAUGGGGAUCCCAAGAAGCUCAUCACCAAAGAUUGGGUGAAAGAAAAGUACCUGGAGUACCGCCAGGUGCCCAACAGCGAUCCUCCACACUAUGAGUUCCUGUGGGGCCCCAGAGCCUACGCUGAGACCAGCAAGAUGAAAGUCCUUGAGUUUGUGGCCAAGACCCAUGAUACCGUCCCCACUGCUUUCCCAGGCUGGUAUGAAGAGGCUUUGAGAGAUGAGGAAGAGCGAGCCCGAGCCAGAGUUCUAGCCAAGGCUAGUACCGCUGCCAUGGCCAGUGCACGUGCCAAGGCCAUAGCCAGCAGCUUUUCCAGCCCCAAGUGA